AUUCGAGCCCAAUCAUUAUUUUCUAAACUGAUCCUAAGUUCGCUAAGCUUUGCUCUGUUAAAUAUUAAUUUCUUAAAAAUUUCAAAAAGUAAAACACCAUAAAAAUUAGCAGCCUUUGUUCAAAAACCAACAACGAAGUAAGUAAACUUGAUACACAGAUCAAAUACCUCAUAAAUAGCGAUCCGUACGGGAAGAAAUCUUCACAGUGAGAUCACUCUCCACCCAAACUGAGGAUAUUCUUUCACAUUCAAAUCCGAAGCCAGAUUUUUUAAACUUUUUAAAAAAUGGGUCGUCUCGGGAAUGAGAAGAUUGCCUCUAGAACACCACUCAUGUACAGCAAACCACUCUCAGAGUUGUCGGAUCGGUGUGUUUAUCUCAAAUUGGAAAAUGUUCAGCCGUCUGGUUCCUUCAAAUUGAGGGGGAUUUCACAUUUGUGCAAAGAGAAAUAUGCGGAAGGUUGUACCAAAUUUGUUGGAGCUUCGGGUGGAAAUGCGGGCCUUGCUUUGGCCUACUCUGCUCAAAAAUUGGAUGUUCCGUGUCAGAUUUUCGUUCCAAAAACCGUUUUGCCCAGAAUGAAGAAAAGGCUGGCCUCUUAUGGUGUAACUGUGACGAUGGGUGGUGACGAUAUCCAGUCCGCCGUGGACAUGGCAUUGCUUGAAGUUAGCAAAGAUGAGUCGUACGCAUUCAUCCAUCCGUAUGAUAACCCUGCGAUUUGGGAAGGGCAUUCCGUUAUUGCUGAAGAAAUUCAAGAAGAUCUUAAGGGAAGAAAACCAGCCUGCAUCGCAAUGUCGGUGGGUGGCGGGGGCAUGUUGAUGGGGAUCUUGUUGGGACUGGAGAGAAUUGGAUGGAAAGACGUCCCUUUGCUCGCCAUGGAAACGGAAGGUUGCGAAUGCUUCAACCUUUCCUUGAAAGCUGGCAGAAUUGUGGACGUAGAGCCGACCAGUAUCGCCAAGACGCUCGGGUGCCGCACCCCGGCACCAAAAUUGAUGGAGAAAGCGAAGGAAUUUAACAUCAUUUCGCAAGUUUUACCAGAUAAAUGUGCCGCACAAGGAUGCGUCUUGCUUGCAGACGACCACGCCAUGAUGGUUGAGCCAAGCUGUGGCGUCACUGUUGCUUCUGUAUAUAGCAAUGUCCUCCCCGGAAUUUUGGAGCAGCACGGAUGCGAUUCACGAGCUGGACCCAUCGUUCUGAUCGUUUGUGGUGGUAGUGAUGUCACUGUGGAAACAUUGCUUAAUUACAAGCAGAAAUAUAUGGAAGUGUAAAAAAUCAAAGUACAAAUGUAAAUAUUUUAAAAACAUAUGCAAAUACCUUCCGGAUAAUUUAAGUGCAAUUCGCUAUUGGUUAUGGUUUAUGGUGGUGGCGAUUUACAUAAUUCGUACUAUUUUUUUCUUUAUUACAUGAUAAUUAAUUAUUAUGUACUAUUAUUAUGCUACUCAUACAUAUUUUGGAAGAGCAGGACUUCACACUUUUACUCGAAUACUUAAUUCUAAGUAAUGACGUGUUAAUAAUAUUUGUAUCAUAAUUAAUAAAUUGCUUGCUGGACGAGCCAAAAAAUUAAA